ACGUGCGAUAAUCGUAAUGUGGUAAUGUCGGACGACCAUAACCUGCGUAGCCCGCUUUCUUCCGUUUUCGCUUCGCAGCAGAAAGAAGAAUCUCGUCGCCUCGUCGCUCGACGAUAAAGACCCUUGGCUCUGGCUGUCUCCGCCGCUCGAGAAUCUGCCUCGGUCACGAACGUCGUGCUUUGGGCUUCGCACGAGUCGCUCACAAAAAUGUUGCGUGUCAGAGGACUGGGAGUACGACUGGCCAGCACAUCAGCAGCCACGAGCGCGUCUGGAAAAGUACUAGACUCGAUAAUAAGAGUUGACCAUGCCGGUGAAUUGGGAGCUGACAGGAUAUACGCUGGACAAAUGGCUGUGCUAGGUAAGACGACGAUUGGACCGACGAUACAGCACAUGUGGGAUCAAGAGAAACGGCAUCGUCUUAAAUUCGAGGAAUUGAUUCGCAAGCACCGAGUCAGGCCCACCGUUCUCACUCCGCUGUGGAAUAUCGCCGGGUUCGCCCUGGGCGCCGGUACCGCUCUCAUGGGCGAGAAAGCGGCGAUGGCGUGCACUGUGGCAGUGGAGACUGUGAUUGUCGAACACUACAACGAUCAGUUGCGCGUGCUGAUGGAGAAUAGCGAAAACGUGGAUAAAGAGAUACUCGAAACUAUCAAAAAAUUCCGCGAUGAGGAACAGGAACAUCACGACACAGGCAUAGAUUGCGGUGCCGAGCAAGCGCCGUUCUACCAAGCUCUGACGAACGUGAUCAAAUUUGGCUGUAAAACAGCUAUCUCCAUCUCCAAAGUGAUAUAAACGCGUUUUCCCAGUAUUCGAGACGUUA